GUUGAUGUAUGGCACCCGUGAGGAAGUAAACGGGAAGCCGGAACCGGGAUCGGGGUCUCGUUCGGUGCUAACCGCCACCCCGGGCCGAGUGGGCUAUGGGGGAGCCUGGCUCCUUGGUCACCGGAGACUGCGCCCGUGGCCGAAGCUGGUGCUUGCGGCGAGUGGGGAUGAAUGCCGAAUGGCUGCUGCUGGAGGACGGGCGCGAGGUGACUGUAGGACGAGGAUUUGGUGUCACAUACCAACUGGUAUCAAAAACCUGCCCUCUGAUGAUUUCUCGAAACCACUGUGUUUUGAAGCAGAAUCCUGAGGGCCAGUGGACAAUUAUAGACAACAAGAGUCUGAAUGGUGUUUGGCUGAACAGAGAGCGUCUGGAACCUUUAAAGGUCUAUUCCAUCCAUAAAGGAGACCACAUUCAGCUCGGGGUGCCUCUGGGAAAUAAGGAGAAUGCGGAGUAUGAAUAUGAAGUUACUGAAGAAGACUGGGAGAAGAUGUACCCCCAUCUUCCACCAAAGAGUGACCAGAUGAUGGGAAAAAAUAAGGACUUGAGAAGUAAAAGGAAAUUUAGUUUGGAUGAAUUAGAGGGUCCUGGAGCUGAAGGCCCCUCAAAUUUGAAAUCCAAAAUAAGUAGAGUGUCUUGUGAACUGGGUCAGCCAGUAAAGUCACAUGAGAAAGAUGAAGUGCCCAGUCAACCCUCUGAAUAUGUGGAUUCUAAAUUGACUUCUUUUGAGCCAAGUGGGAAGAUCACAGGGGCUCAUAUUUACCCUGGCCCCCCCAAAGUUGUAGAGCUUGAUAAUAAGAAGCAGAAAGCCUCAAACCCUUCAGCAUCUCAGAGCAGCUUAUUGCUGUUUAAGGAGACCAUGUCCAGGAUUCUGAAGCUGAAAACAGUGAUGCAGGAAAAACAGGUAGCUGUUCUGAAUGUUAAAAAGCAGACCCAAGAAGGGAACUCAAAGAAAAUAGUGAAAAUGGAGCAGGAACUGCAGGAUUUACAGUCCCAGCUAUGUGUGGAGCAAGCUCAGCAACAGGCAAGAGUGGAGCUACUAGAGAAGACUUUCCAGGAAGACGAACAGCAUCUCCAGGGUUUGAAGAAAGAGCAGGGAGAAGAGGACCUGAAGCAACAGCUGGCUCAGGCUCUGCAGGAGCAUCGUGCUCUAAUGGAAGAGCUAAAUCGCAGCAAGACGAACUUUGAAGCAAUCAUUCAAGCCAAGAACAAAGAAUUGGAGCAGACCAAGGAAGAGAAGGAGAAGGUGCAAGCACAGAAGGAGGAAGUUCUUAGCCACAUGAAUGAUGUGCUAGAGAAUGAGCUCCAAUGUAUUAUUUGCUCAGAAUACUUCAUUGAGCAAAGAGACUGUUCUGAAGACUGUUCUCUAAGGGCAAUUGAAAGACUGCCAGGCAGUGGGAGCCUGGGAUGGUCUAGAGGAUUCUCUCUGGACACAACUUGUCCACUCUGCAGGUCAUCUGAAGCCAUGUGGGACAGAGACUGGGUUAGGAAGUCCCUUGCACUCACCUCUGUAUCCUGGUGUUGUUAUUGUCUGAAGCACCACCAGGACUCAUGGCACUGACUGCUUCAAGGUCUUAAUAGACUGUGCUCCUCUACAUGUGUUAUUUGAGUUAUAUUUUGUUUUUUUAAAUUUGUUGUUGUUGUUAUUGUUUUGAUACCUCAGAAGCACCUAUGUUGACAUUUGUUUUAGACAGUUUGGAUGUACCCCACAGCUGCCCCUGAAGGAAGCCUCUAUUUUGAGAGGGUGGCUUACUUCUUUGUGAAAACAAGAUGUCAUUUCCUGGAAAUAAAAUAUAAAAACUAUCGAUUGCUCAGCUGGGCUUUGGUGUAUUUACCUUCCUUUCCUUCCAGCUCCCAAACAGUCUCACAAGUAAACACUGGCAACUCGUAGAUUAUAACCAAGAAACUGAUUAUCAGGUGAUAGAUUUUGAGUGAAUGUCAGCCUCAGAAGUCAAUCCCAAGAUCAUGGCCACACCAGAUGGGCACUGACUGCCGUGUUUUCUUUUUAUUCCAGAGGUGGGUCAUUGCUUAACCUUGUUUCAGGGUGGGGGAAAUUUCUUUCCAUCAAGUUUCAAUACAUUUCCAAAUGUAUUUUACUCAGUGUCAUGAAUACAGGUCAAUGAUUUUAUGAGAACUUGAUGUGUUUUUUCUUUUUUUUUCCUUUUAAUUAAAAGUUGUCUCUCUUUUGCCCACCUCCCCUUUUUAAAAGAAAGAAAAUCAGUUUUUAUAUUAUGGAGAAAGCAGCUUAGGACAACCUAUGGUAUCCUUGGUUUUACCUGUGAUAAGAAUGAGGGAAAAUACAGAAAGUCAAAGAGUGGUCAUUUGAAAUUAGGAGCUCUCUAGAGUGCGAAACUGUGCAUUAUAUCAUGUAAUGAUUUGCUUCCCUCUCCCUCUUUACUGCCUACCUGGAGAACCAUUCCUUUGAAGUUCUUUAUACCCCAUGUAUUUUCAUAAAGGGUUGGGAAUUACUAACUUCCUGAUUUUUUUAGGGAUGGUAGAAUUUCUUUUUCUUUGUUGAGGAUACUGUGAAUAUUGGGAUUCUGGAGUCCCUAGUCUUCAUUUCCAUCUUUCUACCCAUGAUUACUGAUUGAAAUACUGGUAGAGUCAAGGAGGGAGUAACUUAAACAGAAAAAAUACUUUAAAAAUACUUAUUUAUAACUAUGUCGUAAAAAUUCUGAAAAAAUAGAGAACAGAAGGAAGAGAUUGUU